UCUGAGGACAGCCACAGGGGAGGAAAGCUGUAUCGGUAAGGGUUAUGGUAAGGAAGAUACUGCAUGGAAAUCAGCCUUACACAGACACUGGGAAGCUUACGCAAGCAACACAUCAGUGAAACGACUACAUGGGUGAAACUACCACGAGGUGACCCUCUAAUUACUGACCUUCAGAGCUUCUACCCGGGAGGACUGUUCCUGGCCCUUGGACACUUCAUUUUGCAAGAUAAUAUGAACCAUGGAUACCUUCACCACCAUAAAUAUUAUGUGAGAUUUUUUUGGACAAUCUUCCUUGGGAAUUUGUAGUUUUUUUACCCCCUCCCCCUUGCAGUAACACGGACAUUUGUUUCUACUGUUUUAACUGCUGUUUGGGAUUUACCAGAAAUGCUACGCGCCUCUCUGUGGCUCCUGCACAUGCCUGCAGCAGGGCACAGGACAUUUUAUUGCAUGAGAAACCAGCAGAGUAUACUUCCGGCAGCAUGUUACAGAACAGUGACUUUUAAAGUGUCACAGAGCAGACAGACACCGAAAUGUUACCCCGGGCAAUGGAAGUCGACCAACCCAGUGUCCACCUUGUCAGCAAGAACGUUCGUGGGUGCCCCUCGGCAAGUCCGAUUGCCUGCUUCUGUCAUUCACGAGGCCAGCGCAGCGUUUCCGACGAGGAAGUGCCGUUCGUUUUCGUCCCAGACAGAGGAUGGAAAAGAAAGUGAGAUUAGAUCGAAGGAUCUCCAAGAAUCUAAAAAGGGAUCCCUUGCAGCAGAUGACAUGAAAAGACUUAUUUCACUGGCUUCUCCGGAAAAGUUGAAGUUAUCAGCUGCGGUGGGAUUCCUUGCAAUAUCCAGUAUGAUUACCAUGUCCGCACCAUUUUUCCUGGGUAAAGUCAUUGACGUCAUAUAUUCCAAUCCAACGGAGGACCUUACCUCCAGCCUUACUUCUUUAUGUACCUUGCUUAGUGGAGUCUUCCUUUGUGGGGCUGCUGCUAAUGCUUUUCGUGUAUACCUCAUGCAAAUCUCAGGACAACGUAUUGUGCGACGGCUUCGCUCUACCCUGUUCUCCUCCCUUUUGCAACAGGAAGUAGGAUUCUUUGACAAGACUCGGACUGGAGAAGUGAUUAACCGUUUGUCUUCAGACAGUGUGCUCCUCGGCCGAUCUGUUACAGAGAACCUCUCAGAUGGUCUGCGCGCCUUAGCUCAGGCAUUUGUUGGCAUUGGCAUGAUGUUUUUUGUCUCCCCACAACUUGCAAUCUUUGUUUUGGGCGUUGUACCCCCUCUUGCAAUUGUAGCAGUAUUAUAUGGAAAAUACCUGCGAAAACUUUCUAAACUGACUCAAGAUUCACUCGCAGAAGCCACCCAGUUAGCUGAAGAGCGUAUUGGUAGCAUAAGAACGGUCCGAGCCUUUGGAAAGGAGAUGCUGGAAAUGAAAAAGUACAACAGUAAAGUAGAUCGUGUGCUCGAUUUAGCCGAUAAGGAGGCUAUCGCUCAGGCUGGUUUCUUUGGACUCACUGGUUUGUCUGGGAACAUGAUUAUUCUGGCAGUUCUAUAUAAAGGGGGGCUACUAACAGGAGCUGCACAUAUGACAGUGGGGGAGCUCUCAUCCUUUCUCAUGUAUGCCUUCUGGGUAGGAAUAAGUAUUGGAGGGAUUAGCUCAUUCUAUUCGGAGUUAAUGAAGGGAUUUGGUGCUGGAAGCCGUCUCUGGGAGCUUAUUGAAAGAAAACCUUUGUUGCCUUUUAAUGAGGGUUUGGUAUUAAGCCCUGAAGUGUUUAAAGGCUCCCUGGAGUUUCGCAAUGUCUGCUUCACCUACCCAAGUCGUCCCAAUGCUUCCGUUUUCUCUGGCCUCAACCUCUCCAUUCCGUCCGGUACGGUCACGGCAGUCGUAGGCCCAAGUGGAUCUGGAAAAUCAACACUUGUCUCGUUACUACUAAGACUGUACGAUCCCAGCUCUGGAUCCAUUUAUAUUGAUGGUCAUGAUGUGCGCCAGUUGAAUCCUCUGUGGUUACGCACAAAGAUUGGAACUGUUAGCCAGGAGCCAAUACUAUUCUCAUGUUCUAUAUUUGAAAACAUUGCCUACGGUGCUGAGGAUCCCAACCUGGUCACAAAAGAAGACAUUCGCCACGUUGCAAAAAUUGCUAACGCUUUGGACUUCAUUGAAAGCUUUCCAAAUGGAUUUGACACGUUAGUAGGUGAGAAAGGAGUACUACUGUCAGGUGGGCAGAAACAACGAAUCGCCAUAGCACGGGCACUUCUUAAGAACCCGAAAAUUCUAUUUCUGGAUGAAGCAACAAGCGCACUGGAUGCUGAAAAUGAAUCCCUACUUCAGGAAGCACUGGAUCGGCUCAUGUAUGGGCGGACUGUUCUCAUCAUUGCACAUCGAUUGUCCACAAUAAAGAAUGCGCAAUGUGUUGCUGUCCUUGAUCAGGGACAGGUUGUGGAGUGUGGAAAACCUUCAGAUCUCCUAAAAAAUAAAGAUAGUGUUUUUAAAACACUUAUGAACAAGCAGGCAUUUAAUGUUAACGUGCAAAGCAGGGAUACUGUUCAUGCUGUCCAGUUAUGAUAAAAUACUAUGCCCUGUGGCUAAACAGUACAGACUUGUUUGCUUUUUGCCCUUCAACUUUUUUCAAGCAGACUAUUUUGUUACCUCUAUAUUUCGAAUAUAAAAACUGGGGACGCGGGAUACAGAAAGCAGAAAAGUUAGUGAGAGUUUUUAAAAAAUAGCUGAUACCAGUAUAUAAAAAUAAAAUAAAAUUAGAGCCCAAUAUGUGCCUUAGAUCCAGAUGUAACACGGCACGCUCCCCAUAGUUACCCGAGGGGGCGCUCCAAGCUUACAACAAGCAACCUCUGUCCCAUACUAGGACUACGCUAGGAUGCUGAUAAGAGGGAUUUAUGUUUAUCUCAAAUUUAAAAAUGGUUCUUUCCUUUAAUUGCAAUUUAAUACAUGACAAAGUGUAUAUCUGUUGAUUGAUUUUCUAUACACCGCUAUGUUUACGCUUGCCUGCAAAAAUAAAGAACGUAUAAAAAGA